AUGAUGUCCAGACCGAGACUGGUCGACGCCGUCCAACCCACGUCGACCAACCCUUCUUCCUCUGCAUCUCCAUAUCCCCUCUACGAUCCAUCAUUCCUAUUUGGUCUCGACGACCCAGAUGCUGUCAUCAUAUACUAUCAUCAUUUUCACAUCGAUCCGAUGGCUGAGAAUCCAGCAGAUCCCCAGGGGACUGAUCCGCGCUCCCGACCUCCUGCACAUUUCAGGAAGCCCGGCCCCUCUGCAGAAAUCGGAGUGCCGCUGACACCGACCAACACUGAGGAUGAAGCGGCAGUCAUAUCUCCUGCAGCGCCCGCGGGCACCACCACACGUGCUGAAGGUGCCGCAUUGCAACCUCACCCGGAGGAAGGGCCCGCAGCGGAGAUGGACAUUGGGAGGGAAUCUGCGAGGCCGCAAGACACGCUGGAUGACGCAAAGAGCAGGGAAAGCCCUGCAGACGAUGCGGGGAAUGGGACCUCUUCCGAAGGUGACAGGCUCAUCUGCCCUGCGGGUACGCAGCCGGGGUCGAAGCGUGCUCGCCUACGUUCACUGUGGUUCACCGCAAGGCUAGGCCUCACCCUGUCCGUCGGGGGGAGGCGGCGGCCGCAGGCGCUGUGGGACCCUCCCCAUUCUGCCAUGGACCCGGAUAUCGCCGUCGUCGCGCUGAGGUCAACCGGCAGUAAGGCUGCAGUCUCGGGUGUAUACAUGGGGUAUCUGAGGCUGCAAGGAUUCGUGGCGUCGGACUUUCUGGAGCAACGUCAACUCAUCGAGCGGAUGAGAUCGCAAGAGUCGAGUCUCCUGGGCCUGAUCAUCGCGGACCAGACGUUGGUGACGUUUCAGCACCAUCGUCUGCGGACGGCGGUGCUGGAUUUUGUGAGGCGGGGCGGGGUGGCCGUGACCACGGGCCUCUUCGCCAGAGCCUCGCCGUCCUGGGCCGUCGAAGCCUUCUUCCACGAGGCCGGCCUGACCUGGAAGAUCAAGGACCGGACGCCCGCCAGGGAGCCACUGCGCCGCCACGCCUAG